AUGCAUGUUCCUCUCAUGUCUCAUCUAAAUGAAGGCGAUGAGACACUGGAUGAAAUGUCUAGAGUACUGGUGAUGGACCUAAAGACACAUACCAUUGAAACAUCAGUUAAAGAACUGUGCACUGCCUCAGUUACCGAAUUAUCAGAUCCAGAGUCUGAGAGCGAGACUGCAACGAGCCCUGAGCUGCUAGGCUCUAAAACAGUCUUGGUGCCCACAGGUAUUGAGGAAGUGCAAAGCACCGUCAUUCGCGACAAUUUCAAGGCAGCUCAAUCUCAAUGGAUUGAUGACCCAAUCACCAAGAAAUGGCGCAACCCCCAUCAUGUUAUUCACAAGGCACUCGGAAAGAUCGAUCAAUUACGUGCAGAGUGGUCUUCCAGACCGAUUGCCCCAUUUCAGCUCACCAAUGACACGAUCUGGCUUGAUACAGGACGUACUCUAGCUCAAUCUGGCUUGCCUUGGCACAACAAUCAGAUCAAUAUGCCUGACGAACUGGACACAAGCUGGCCAUUUCAUUUCAAGUCAUUUGAGAGAGCUGUGAUCCAAGCCAAAGGUUCUCGUGUCGGUGAUGCGAACGCUUCAGGAUAUGUCUGCAAUUCCCAUGAGGGGCACCUAUUCUGUCUUAGAGCUAUUCAACAAGAGCUGAGAAAGAAAUUUCCGAACAGUCCGCCGCUGCUUGUAUUCGACAAAUUCUCAUAUGACGUUAUCGAGUCGGCCGAGAUAUUCUUUGGACUGGAAACGUGUCACUUGGAUCUUUCCAAGGGUCUUGAGUACACCACGAAAACUCUAGAAGUUGCUACAGGUGGUCAAUCGCGGCCUAUCAUUUUUGCAGCGACCUUGGCAACUAUCAAUGGGGGUUGUGACCACCUAGGAUUGAUCCAACAACUAUCCUUAAAGCAGGAUAUACUGCUUCACCUAGACAUGUCACGCAACUUCGAUUAUAUCACAACCAUGACAGAAGAAACUAGGCGGAAAAUGGGAAUCCUUUCAUUUGAGCUUCGGAACAAGUCCCAUAACCUACCAAUUCAGUCUCAAAAUGGCAUUAUCCUGGCGAGCACUAUCGUAGCAGGAAGCUCUGAUCAUCCGUCAGCAGCUACGGCGGCACUGAAACCAAGAACUCUCGGAGGCAAGCAUGCAAGAAUAGCCUACACCCGCGCUUCGGACUCGACCCUUGCUGGCUCUCGAGACGCUCUCGCUCCGCUUUGGCUGGCGCUGCAUGAGGCCAGAUUUGGAGAAAGGGGGUUUUGUGAGAUGUACGAGCAUUGUUCAAGAAUGAGGAGUGCAGUGGCGCAAAGUCUCGAAUACGCCAAAUGUUUGGUGAUAAAACCCCCUUACUCCUUGGAUCUAAUUGUCCAAAGAUGCCCUAUUCAAUACGAAGAGCAACUCUUACGAUUAGGUGGCAGAUCCCUGGGUAUGAAGGAAGUUCUAAUCACAGUGCAUGCUGGUAUUACACAAGAGGACAUCGCUACCAUAUGCCAAGGCCCUUCAAAUGAGAUGAUGACGAUGAGUCGGGAUAGUAGCACGGAUAAAGACUUCACACUCUUGUAUCCCAUUGAACAAAGUGUCAAAGAAGAGCUCACGGCCAUUGUCCAGUCGUGGAAGGUGGCAACACGAUCUGCAGCAGGCUAUCCAUUUCACAUGGGAUCUUACUCGGCCCUUGGGCCCGUGAUAGGGCAUUUUUUGGACGUCAACAUUCCUUUGAGCUGGAUACGCUCACGCGCUACUGAGAUUAUCGAUGCUCGGAUGGCUUCAUUCGGGAUAUCCCUUCCGCAAAUGAGACAUGAUUUCCGAGGGGCGUUCACUAACGGCAGCACGAUGGGCAACCGCAUCGGGAUACAUGCGGCACUGAAGCAGUCUCCAGGCGCCUUCGUAUACUUCUCAGCCGAAUCCCACUAUAGUGUGAUCAAGACACUCAGGGAUUGCGAUAGGCUUACCAACAGAUGGUCGCAGGAGGAGGUCUCUCGCUUCCACCAGAUCCCCUGCGGCGCGAAGGGUUCGAUACUUGUUAACCUCUUGGUUCAGCAAGCUGUUCUUGACAAGCAGAUCUGCCUCCGAAAGGGACUGGAAUACAGCCUGAUACUGUUUGCUAAUAUGGGGACUACAUUCGUUGGCGCUCGAGACGACAUUGCGGAAAUUCAACGCGAGCUCAGAAAUGUGGGCAUAAGAAUCUCCUAUAUUCACGUUGAUGGGGCGUUAGAUCUUGGCUUCGGAAGAGGAAGUCUCUCACUUGGUCCUCCAGGAACGACAGGGUGCGACGGCCAGCCUGCUGUUCAAGGGAUUACUUUAAGCCACCACAAGGCUCUUGGCAACAUGGUCUCAGGCGAGGUGAUAGCCUACAGUCCUGACAGUGAUCUGGUAUCCUUUUCACAUGGUGUUGACCCAAGAGUGGUUUUCGAAACCUGGAUAUACAGCCAGGUCUACCGGGAAGAAGAACUGGCAGUGAUGUUCGACUAUUGUCUCGAUAACGCAACACGGUUAGAGCACCGUCUUCGUGAGCUCGGGUACGCAACAAAACGGAAUGCAGACAGCAUCAUUACUGUCUUUGAACGGCCUCCAGCGUGGUUAAUUGAGGAAUUCUCGCUGAGGCCAGAAGGCAAUUGGGUUCAUUUCAUUACAAUGCCUCAUAUAUCCCCUGAGACAGUUGAGUUCUUCCUAGAACGUCUUGCGGGCGUAGAGCGCAGCUGUGCCCUAGCGAUUCACUAUGUUGCGCCAUGCAUAGACUCUAUAUUGGGGAUGUCAGUCAAACUGACGCGCGUAAGUUGCCUAGGCGAAUUUGCUUGUAGGAUCAAAGGAGAAGUGCGAGGAACUCUGGAGCUCUGUAAGGGCGACGAUAGUGAUGCAGAGCAGGUUGCAAGAUGCGUCAAGACCGGCCUCCGAAGUGCCAUGACCUUCGCUGCCGUUGACAAUGGCAAUGAGCUACAAGUAGUCUUCACUGCAGAAUCGCUUCGCGAUAUGGCAAUACGCAUAGGGCCUGUACUGAUCAAGCCAUCACACCGCACAAAAGCGCAAGCAAUCGUAGAGUUGGCACUACAGUUUUGGGGGUUCGUCGCGCGACACAUCAAUGCGAAGAUCGAAAACACUGCGCUGACAUAUACCGUAUAUCAGUUUGGCGAAAUGGACUAG